GCCCACAAGCUUGUGAUCUUUUCUUCAGAGAACUGAGCAUCUGAAACAUGCUUUAUUUUGGUAGAUUCUUGCAGUUUUCUUGCUGGAUCCUCUAUGAAGGGUAUCUGUGAGCUGUGAGACCGUUUCAGCAUGAUGUAGAGUCAGGGACUGCAUCGAGGUGGUUCAAAAUGAAGCUCCUUCUGGAGAGUUACCACACUGUUGCACCUGCCAGAGUUUGGGAAAUUGCAGUGCUUGGCUCUUGGUCUUGGCGUGGUGCAGUGUUGGGGGGCGCCAGCAGGUGUGUGGAAUGCAGGACGCAGAGCCAGGAGAACCUGCCGGCAGGUGUCUGGCGCCUGAGAUGCAGUUUCUACUUUCCAGCGCACGGUGGCGCUUGGGUCUCCCCUGCCCUACUAGCAAUCUCUAAGGCACCUCCGCCGCCACCUGCAGUCUCAACCAAACCUAGGUGGCGGGAUGUGACGGCUUGCGCGUCCAAUCGACUGCUAGGCUUUCGGCCACACUACAGCUCUAGCCAAUGGGAGUCGGGGAGAGGCGCGGUGGAGGCGGGCCCCGCGGCAUGCCAGGCAGAGGCGCGAGGCCCUCCUCCCGCCUCUCCGCCUACUCCAGCCUCCGCCGCCUCAGCUUCCCGAGCGAGCCCUGCGGCCGCCGGAGCAGCUCCCGCGGCGGAGCAGGAGCCGGAUGGUCAGAGGAGCCCGGCAGCCCCAGCAGCCGCGGAGUCGCCUGGCCGCCAGACUGACUGGCACAGUGGAGAAACCACCUCGAAAACGGAAAAGCAGGACUGAAUUUGCGCUUAAAGAAAUCAUGUCCUCUGGAGGUGCUGAAGAUGAUAUCCCACAGGGAGAGAGGAAAACAGUUACAGAUUUUUGUUACCUUCUGGAUAAGUCUAAGCAACUGUUCAAUGGAUUAAGAGAUUUGCCACAAUAUGGGCAGAAGCAGUGGCAGUCCUAUUUUGGAAGAACUUUCGAUGUUUACACCAAACUCUGGAAGUUCCAGCAGCAGCAUCGACAAGUCUUGGAUAAUCGGUAUGGCUUGAAGCGGUGGCAAAUAGGGGAAAUUGCUUCUAAGAUUGGGCAGCUAUACUACCAUUAUUACCUACGCACAUCUGAGACCAGCUAUCUGAAUGAAGCUUUCUCCUUCUAUUCUGCAAUCAGACAGAGAUCAUAUUAUUCUCAAGUCAAUAAAGAGGACAGACCUGAGUUGGUCGUUAAGAAGCUACGAUACUACGCAAGGUUUAUUGUAGUUUGUCUUCUGCUCAACAAAAUGGAUGUUGUGAAGGAUUUGGUGAAGGAAUUAUCAGAUGAAAUUGAAGACUAUACUCACCGCUUUAAUACAGAAGAUCAAGUGGAGUGGAACCUGGUGCUUCAAGAAGUAGCAGCUUUCAUUGAGGCGGACCCUGUGAUGGUACUGAAUGAUGACAAUACCAUUGUUAUCACAUCUAAUCGCCUCGCUGAAACAGGAGCCCCGUUGCUGGAACAGGGCAUGAUUGUGGGACAGUUGUCUCUGGCUGACGCACUCAUUAUUGGUAAUUGCAAUAACCAGGUUAAGUUUAGUGAACUAACUGUGGACAUGUUCCGGAUGUUACAAGCCCUGGAAAGGGAGCCAAUGAACUUAGCCUCCCAGAUGAAUAAACCAGGAAUGCAGGAAUCGGCUGAUAAGCCUACCAGACGAGAAAACCCCCACAAGUAUCUGCUCUACAAACCAACCUUCAGUCAACUAUACACAUUCUUAGCAGCAUCUUUUAAGGAGCUGCCCGCCAAUAGUGUGCUUCUGAUUUACCUGUCAGCCACUGGCGUCUUCCCCACAGGUCGUGCUGAUAGUGAAGGUCCUUAUGAUUUUGGAGGGGUACUUACUAAUAGUAACCGAGAUAUUAUAAAUGGAGAUGCCAUCCACAAACGAAAUCAGUCCCACAAGGAAAUGCACUGCCUUCAUCCCGGAGACCUCUACCCUUUCACGAGGAAGCCCCUGUUUAUUAUAGUGGAUUCGUCCAACAGUGUUGCAUACAAGAAUUUCACAAACUUAUUUGGACAGCCACUAGUCUGCUUGCUUUCUCCUACAGCAUAUCCAAAAGCUUUACAAGAUCAAUCUCAACGAGGUAGCCUCUUCACUCUCUUUUUGAACAAUCCUCUAAUGGCCUUCCUAUUUGUCUCUGGAUUGUCAAGCAUGCGCAGAGGCCUAUGGGAAAAGUGUCAAGAAUAUCUUCGAAAAAUCAACCGUGAUAUUGCCCAGCUACUGACCCAUUCACGUUCAAUAGAUCAAGCAUUUCUCCAGUUUUUUGGAGAUGAGUUUCUUCGCUUGCUUCUCACAAGAUUUAUCUUUUGUUCAGCCACCAUGAGGAUGCACAAGAUUUUUCGGGAAACACGAAACUAUCCAGAAUCAUAUCCACAACUGCCAAGGGAUGAAACAGUGGAGAACCCUCAUCUCCAGAAGCACAUUCUGGAAUUAGCAUCCAUUCUGGAUGUUCGAAACGUGUUCCUCGAGAGUACCAUAGAUGACUAUUAAAACAAAAUCCUCUUGUUGAAACAAUUUUUCAUUUGCCACAGAUUUUACAUGGUGCAGUUUUCUAAUGUGAUGACCAAGACACAUAGUGGUGUUACUUAGUUUUAAUUUUUUAAUUUAAGGCCACCAUUUUAAAAACAAACUGAAAAAAUUGUUCAAACUUUUAGGGUAACUGUUUUAAAAUACAGUCUUUCAAGUCUUUUAAAAAACUCAAUUAAUCUUGGAAUUUUUACUUUUUGGUUUUGAGGUAUGGCUGCUUACCUCCAACAUCUGUCCCUACACACAAAUAGUCACUGUUCUCACCCUCAGAAGAGUAAAUCAUUUAUUUUUAUAUAUUGAGGAAAAUCCAACUCUUAUACUUGGACCUUAAAUGUGUGGAUUUAAAAAAAAAUGUGUGGAUUUAGAAAAUUUAUCAUUGUUCACAAAGAUGAAGCUAGCCAGCAUGGACUAUUAAAAAUCAAGAACAGGCUUUCCGUAAUAUUUCUUUUCAUUCCAACAUAGUAGGUAGACAAAUGUGUGAUCCUUUGAAGCAUAAUCAAGACAUUUUUUUUUAAAUUACUUAACUCUUUAAAUACUGUCAUAAUUUCAGAAACUGUAUAGGAUUGAUUUGCAUUUGAAAGUUAAAUCUUUAAUUGAAGUCUUAAGAUGAUAAAUAUCACUUGGAAUGUGUGAGCCCUGUGUUAUCAUGAGAUACGCUGGCAUAUUUUGCUUUUUCUUUAUAAUCUGAAUGCUGGAAAUGAAAAAAAAAAAGACUUUUAAGUAUUUCGGUCAAAAAAUCAGAUUGUUGGUUUCAUAAUACAAUGUUUCCACAAGGAAUUCUAUUUAAACUCUUAAUUCAUGAUAUCAAGUUUGAAGACUAUCCAGAUUGAAGGCUGUGGCAUAUAGUACAGUGAUUAUAAUCUUUUUGCCUAGUUCACGUUUAUGAGACGUCAAAGUCAGAGAUGUUAUUAAUUUUAGUCAGGGGUAACUGAAUUGUUACUUAACCUAAAAUGGAAGUAACUUUUGCAUUGACAAUUUGGAAAUUAGAUCUUUUUAACUCCUUAUAUUUAACAUUUUAUAUUCAUGCACAAGUUUUUUUUAUUAUUUUAAAUAGGACUCCAUAUAUAAUACAAAGUUUUUUGUGUUUUUCUUCUCUGUCAUCCGCUUCAUAAUUUCAUAAGCAUUUGUUAUGAUGCUUUGGGUUUUUCCCUCUUCUUUAGACUCCAAGGCAUUCAAGUUCAGAAAUCUAUGAACCAAAAGCCCUUCUACCUAAUACUCUGUACAGGCUCACAUUCUACCUCUGGUGGUCCCAGGGGAAAUAAGGUGAUUGCUUUUGGUGCCUCUUUCCUGUGUCCAUAGGGAAGUUUUACUGUAACAUUUUUACUUUGGUUUUCAUUUCGGGCAUAGGGUAUUAUUUGGGUCUAAGUUAUUCAUAUACCUGUUCCAGUUUGCUAAUUUUUCAUCUGAAGUCUUGAAAUUACUGUUCUUGGAUUUAGGGGACUUCAUGGCAUUUCAUUCAUUCUUUUCUUCAUUGUUUUUGUUUGUUCUUUUAACCAUUAUUUCAGAAAGCUUUAGAAGACUUGUCCUGGAGGGAGAUUUUUUUUGCCUGAUGGGUUU